UCUUUGUCAAUAAUCACGUCAAUAAUAAUCCCACAAUCCAACCAAAACAGCAAACUGCAAAGUAGCAAAUAAUUAUUAAAUAAAAUCAUAUUUAAAAUAGAAAAAGUCUAAUAGAAAAUCAUUAAUUGCUAUAGUUGAAGACAGACCGAAAUAAAUUAUUUAGUGUUUAUUUAGUGUUUGUGUUAAGUUUGAAGCGAUAUUAAUAGAGAUUUCCUUUUAUUGCCUUUUUUGAAAUGAGUGAUUCUGAAUUAGGAUACGGUUCGUCAUUUACCGUAGAUUCUGUAAAAGUUAUAGCAGAGAGUGUUGGUAUUGGGAGUUUAGUUGACGACGCCGCUAAAGAGUUGGCCGACGACGUUUCAUACCGCCUGAAAAUAAUCGUACAAGAUGCUAUGAAGUUCAUGCAACACUCGAAACGGCAGAAAUUAUCCAUUACUGACAUUGACCAUGCAUUAAAAGUUCAAAAUAUUGAGCCACAAUAUGGAUUUAUCCAACCUGACUCAUUGCCAUUCAGAUUUGCAUCGGGAGGUGGUAGGGAGUUACAUUUUAUUGAGGAAAAAGACAUUGAUUUGUCUGAGAUACUGUCUGCACCACCUCCAAAAAUACCACUUGAUGUCUCCCUCAGAGCUCAUUGGUUGAGUGUUGAUGGUGUACAGCCUACAGUUCCAGAAAAUCCUCCUCCACUAUCCAAGGAGGCACAAAAAUUGGAAUCAGUGGAUCCCAUUACAAAACUGAGCAAACCAGCAAAUAAAGAUUCUGCUGGUAAACCAGUAUGUGGCAAAGCAGCUCGAUUGAAAGCAUCAGAGUCUGUACAUGUCAAACAACUCGCCACACAUGAGCUCAGCGUGGAACAACAGCUGUAUUAUAAAGAAAUCACUGAAGCUUGUGUUGGAAGUGAUGAAGGAAGACGUGCAGAAGCCCUGCAAUCUCUGGCAUGUGACCCUGGCCUCCACGAGAUGUUGCCAAGGAUGUGCACAUUUAUCUCAGAAGGGGUUAAAGUCAAUGUGGUGCAAAAUAAUUUAGCCCUUCUCAUUUAUUUGAUGAGGAUGGUGAAAGCAAUGCUUGACAACCAGUCAUUGUAUUUGGAGAAGUAUCUACAUGAGUUGAUCCCGUCAGUGUCGACAUGUAUAGUGGCCAGACAGCUGUGCAUGAGACCAGAGGUGGACAACCAUUGGGCGCUGCGAGACUUUGCUGCUAGACUCAUGGCGCAAAUAUGCAAGACCUUCAAUACUUCCACCAAUAACUUACAGACUAGAGUCACUAGGUUAUUCUCGAAAGCUUUGCAGUGUCCAUCUCAAACAAAUGAUGAAAGUGGUCCUUCAAUGGUUGCAUCUAUGAAAGAGUCUGAAAAGACUCCACUGGCUUCCCUGUAUGGCGCAGUUCAAGGUUUAGCUGAACUUGGACCUGAAGUUGUGAAGGUAUUCAUUUUGCCGCGCGUGCGCUGGCUGGGCGAGCGCGUGGAGGGCGCGCUGAGCGGCAUCGGCGGCGCGGACCGGCUCGCGGCCGGCAACCUCAAGCACCAGCUGCUCAAGGUGCUGGCGCCCGUCGUGCGGCAGCAUCGCCAGCCGCCAGACCUGCCCGACGAGUACAAACGCGAGUACGGCUACCUCGGGCCCAGCCUGCAGCAGAUGGUGAGCAAGCUGCGCUCGUCGCCGUCCAGCGGCAGCGCGGGCGGCGCCGUGGCCGUGGUGACGUGCACGCCGCCGCUGCUGCCCUCACCCUCGCCCGCGCCGUCGCCUGCGCCCUCGCCCGCGCCCGUCGCCGUGCAACACACGUCGCAGCCGCACUCCAAGGCCAUUGAAUCCGUGGCGAGUCGCAACGUGGUGAUAACGUCGUCCGCGCCGCAGUCGCCGGCGCCCUCCACUCCGCCGCCGCAGAAGUUCGUCAUCGUGGCGUCGCAGCAAAAGAAUCAGACCCAGCCAGCUAGCAGCGCGGGUCACAUCGUCGUGCACAGCUCUCAGCCCACCAUAGUCCGCAGUCAAAAUUCGGUGGUGGUAACGAGCGGACCAUCGGGUGCGGCACCGCCACAAAAGGUGGUAGUGGUGGGCGUGCCUCCGCCCGCGCACCCGCCGCACCAACCGCACCAACCGCCCGUCGCAACCGGGGUUAGCCAGGCGCCAGUGUCGGUGGUGGCCAAGCCGGUGUUCGCGCGCGGAGGCUCGGCGCCGCAGCCGCCGCCCGAGCUCGACGAUCUCUCGCACCUCGCCUGACGGCCGCGCACCUUCAGCUUCAUCAUCAAGGAGAUCCGCAAGAAGGACCCGUGAUGGCCUCUGCUGCUUUCUAUCCCCACGCCCGAAAACAAGAACCAGCCACGCUCUUUAUCCAAUCAACCUUAAGAUGCUUUCCUGAGCAAAACUUUGCGCUAGCUGUAUUAUUAGACUAUAAUAUCUACUCUUUAUUUAAAAGAAAUAUAAAAUAAAGAAAUAUAUAUAUUAUUCUACAAUAAUAAUAUAGUGUUGUCUUCGCAGUUUGAUGAAAUAAUAUUUAUUAAAUUUCGUUAUACAUUUUCUCCUAAAGUACAGAUUUUUUUUUGCAACUAACAGGAAUAGAUAGAUUUAAUAAAGAGAAUUUCGCUCGGUUUAUUUUUCAUUAAGAUGAAAUUUAAUUUAAUACUUUGUACUUAUUGUAUUUUAUUCUUGUAACAGAUAACAAUUUCGAUUUUGUCAAAUAAUUGAAAUAUUUUUUUAUGUUCGUUAGUAAUUGUACGCAAAUAUAAGCUUUUUAUGCAAAUAAUAACAUUAGUCUUCAUUUAAGUAAAAUAUGUAAUAAAAUUUGUUC